CAUUCUAGUACACUCUAGUUCUGGGUUGAAUAGACUAGAAGCCGACCAGUAGAAGAGCGUGUAGAGCGCUACUAAAGCUGUCUUUUGCAGCUCCAACGUUUAUUAUUAUAAGCAUACUUAUCCAUAGUGUGGUCUGGCAGUUAUGGCCGACAACAACACUGCCGCCGCCACCACAAUGAUGCAGUCAUCUCAGCUGGAACAGUACCUUCUCUUGGCCAAGACAGCGAAAGGCGCCGCAGCCGCCGAACUCAUCAAGCAGGUCACAGAAGCCCCUGGCGUUCAUGUCUUCGGAGAGCUACUCGACAUGCCAAACAUUCAGGAGCUGGCAAAUGGUCCCCACAGCACCUACUUAAAUCUCCUCAACUUGUUUGCAUUUGGGACCUAUGCAACGUACCAUGAGAACAAAUCUCAGUUUCCACCAUUAACGCCGGCUAUGGUUACGAAAUUAAGGCACCUCACCAUAGUGUCUUUAGCAACAAAAACAAAGUGUAUCCCAUAUUCCACGUUGCUAAAAGAACUCGACAUGAAGAACUUGCGGGAGUUAGAAGAUAUGAUCAUCGAUGUGAUCUAUGCUGACGUGGUGCGAGGGAAGCUGGACCAGAAGAACAAUCAGCUGGAAGUGGACUACACCAUAGGCAGAGACAUCCGUCCAGAGGACGUCAAUACCAUCAUCCGAGUGCUGCAGGAAUGGUGUACAAGCUGCGAGACUGUAGUGAACAGCAUUGAGUGCCAGAUCACCCGUGCUAAUGCUAUGAAGGACUCGCACAUAAAGCUGAAGCAACACAUUGAAAACGAGGUGGCAAGCGUAAAGAAGAAUCUAAAGGUGCAAUCGCAAGAUGUGGACGACCAAAUGGGUGCCGAUGGCCGAGAUGACAGCCAUAUGGACAAGCCGGGCAAGAAGGGAUCCAAGAGCAAAGGGUUACCACAUCAGAGUAGAAGAUGAGAGUGGCUGAGAAAACGCCUGGGCUUUAAAGACUGACCUGCUUGAGUUGAAACAGGAUGGAGAAACGGCCAAGAGAAGACCACGAAAGGCUUUCUUGAAACACUGUAUAAACUGUAAAAUAAAAAAUCCUGUUCCGUGCUGCCUUA